UAAAAUAUAUAAUAUAUUUAAUAAUUAUAAUAAAUUCUAAGGUAAAUUAUUGUUUAUAUAUAAUUCUAGAGUAGUUAUGGGUCGUUAAGAUAGCGUUAAUAAGGUGAUUAUAGUCCUGGGAUUGGGUGUAACUGGCAAUAAUCGGUUGUUUACAUUCUGUGCAUCGGAAUUUGGCCCCGCCUACUGGAUGUGACUCCUCCCUAGAAGGCUUGUGAUUGGGUAAGGGGAUGAAGCCACGCCCAGAUGACGCGCGGGAGGAGCGGGCGGACGUAUUGAUUGGGUAGUUAUCAUAGUGAAGGCAUGGGUAGCGCAGAUUGUACAGCUAAAGUGGCGCUCAACUUAAACUUUGGCGACAAGAAUGAAAAUGUGUGUGUACCGGGCCGAGGCAGCAGUUGGUGGACAAAGUGCGAUAAAACCAUUAAGAUAAUAGGAGGCUGGGCAGUGAGCGCUCAACCCCCAGAUGGGACGGACCCUCAGCCACGCUCUGUGUUAGUGUUCCUCCCCCUGGCUGGCUGGCUCACACUCGGUGUGCCUCAUUCAGUACUGUGGUUCGAGGCGCUCUUUGACGACCCCAUGUUGUGUGCUAACUGAGUUCUCCCGGGAUCACUUUCGGACCAUAAUGGCUAGUGACUCUGACCUGGGUCUUGGGGGCGACGGGUUGGGUCACCCCUCGUUGUUCCGUGACCCCCAACCUGGCCUAUAUGACCCUCGGCUCCACCUGGACCGACCGGCCCAGCUGGACCAGACGGACGCCGCCGGCAAGUUCUUGGCCGACAGAAUAUUUUUCGAGAAGCCGCUAAUGGAGCGACAGAUUCCCGACCGCUGUACAGAGCGGUCGUCGACGGACCGACACGUGGGCGACCGCCCUUAUGACCGUCACUACCUGGACCGCUCCUUCCUGGAACGGUUAGGUCUGGACCGCCCAAUGGUGGACCGCUGUAGCGGUGAGAGGGUCCAGGAAGGGCUGGACCGGUCUGUGCUAGAAAGGUCCCUGAUGGAGAGGUCAGCGCUGGAGCGCCAUGUGCAGGAGCGCGCCCAGGCGGCACGAGCGCUGUUUGACAGACACGUGCAGCAGCAACAGCAGCGAGGGGCGGCGCAGUUCUCCCCCUUCCUGGCCGCCCACCACGCCCCCUCUCCGCCCCCGCCACCCACUGACGACGACACCCGUGUUGAGGGCGGCGAACACCCUGACCACGACAUGCUGGUGGACGACGACCACAGCCUCCACCACGACCACAGCCUCCACCACGACCACAGCCUCCACCACGACCACCAGCUACAGGAGGAACAACAGGGCGGGGUGCUGGAAGCGGCGGGUGGUGCGGGGCGGGGCGGCGGGGAGGCCCAGCAGGAGCCACCCAUGGAGGAGAAAGACAUGGGACCUUCCGACGACACCACCCACAUGCCCGAAGGCUCCAGCCCGCCCCCGCCCACAUCCCCAGGAGACGCCCGCGAGUUGGGGAAGGAAGGCGGAGAGGAGGAUGGAGAGAAGGGCGGAGGCCUGGUAAAGCCGCCCUACUCCUACAUCGCCCUGAUCACUAUGUCCAUCCUCCAGGCGCCCAAGAAGAGAGUAACACUGAGUGAGAUCUGUGAGUUUAUCAUGAACAGGUUCCCUUACUAUAAGGCCAAGUUUCCUGCCUGGCAGAACUCUAUCCGCCACAACCUCUCUCUUAACGACUGUUUCGUCAAGGUUCCCAGAGAGCCUGGCAAUCCCGGCAAAGGUAACUACUGGACCCUUGACCCGGGCGCCAUUGACAUGUUUGACAACGGCUCCUUCCUCAGGCGCCGCAAGCGGUACAAGAGACAGCCGGCACCGGACCUGUUCACCGACCCCCACGUGUUCUCACUCUUCACCUCUGGUAUGUUAGACCCCUUCCAGCAGCAGCAGCUACAGCAGGCGGCGGCCCUACUGGGGCCCCAUCACCCUAUACUACAGCGGCCGCCUCUCCUGCCACCGCCGCCCUAUCUGCCACACCUAGGCGGCCUGCACCUGGGUCUGCCGCACCUGGACCUGGCUCGUCAUGUUCGGCCCAUCCUGCCGCUACAGGCCGGAAACACUCCACUCCUACACCCUACACCCGUCAAGCCCCUGGCGCUGCCCGCGGGGCUUACACACCCCGGGGUGCAGCCCCCACUCAAGUCCCCCUGUGGGCCGUCACUACAGCCGCCGUCGUCGCCUCCGUCGCCCUCCACGCUGACGCAGCCCUCAGCGCCCCGCACCCACAAGCCCUUCACCAUCGACUCCCUUAUUGGCCGUGAUGACCACACUACUCGGGAGGGCGGUGCUGAGUCGCCCCCCCGCUCUGUGAGUCCACCCCUGGCCUCACCCCACGGCCUCCCGCACUCACCCCUCCACUCCUUCGGCCGCUCUCCUGCCUCCCCCUAUCAGAUGCCUCCACACCUCCAGUCCUCCAUGGCCGGGCCCUCCCCUCCAGCCCUUCACUCCUACACUACUAUGGCCCUCCCCGACCACGAUCACCGCCCCUUUCUCCACGCUGCCCUCCUCCACUCCAUGGCCCAGUAAACCUCCCUCCACGGCCCUCCACGCUGCCCUCCUCCACUCCAUGGCCCAGUGAACCUCCCUCCAUGGCCCUCCACGCUCCGUUACGGCCCUCCAUGCUCCUCCACGUCUCUAAACGCUCCUCCACAUUCCUCCACGCUGCCCUUACCUUCACAAACUAAGUCUUACAGCCUUCCCUUAACUCCAAAUAUUUUAACCCUUUAAACCGCUGAAUCCAAGACCCACCAAACCUAACCUAACCUAACCUAACCUAUGUCACGCAUUAUAUAUUGUUAAUUGUUACAGCAUUAUUUCCUAACUGCGGCGUAACCAUUAAUUAUAACUACCGCAGCUAAAGACCCACUACCGCAGCUAAAGUUUGAUUUAAACCAAUGAAAAAUAUACCCACAGAUGAUGUUACAGGAAAUACCAUUACCACAGCUAAAACCACAGUUAUCAUCACAAAUUUAGCUUAAUAACCAGUCGGGUUGUUAUAGCUUUAUUAGUUGUCAAUUUAGCAGCUAAAAUUUAAUUAGCCUCCAGUACCACAGCUAAAUAUUGGUAUUAUCGCAGCUAAAAGUAGAUUUAUGCUAUUCACCACAGCUAAAAAUAUUACUACAGAUAAUUUUAAAGGAAUUGUACCUCAGCUAAACUUAUACAAAAUUUUCAGUACGAAAGCUAAGGAUAAGAAAUUUACCUUUACCGCAGCUUAAGUUAAAUAAAUUACCAUUACCGCAGCUUAAGUUAAAUGAAUUACCAUUACCGCAGCUUAAGUUAAAAUAAAUUACCAUUACCGCAGCUUAAGUUAAAUAAAUUACCAUUACAGCUGGUAAGGUUGAGAAAUUUACCACUACCGCAGCUUAAGUUAAAUAAAUUAUCAUUACUGCAGCUUAAGUUAAAUAAAUUACCAUUACCGCAGCUUAAGUUAAAUAGUUACCAUUACCGCAGCUUAAGUUAAAUAAAUUACCAUUACCGCAGCUUAAGUUAAAUAGUUACCAUUACCGCAGCUUAAGUUAAAUAGUUACCAUUACCGCAGCUUAAGUUAAAUAGUUACCAUUACCGCAGCUUAAGUUAAAUAGUUACCAUUACCGCAGCUUAAGUUAAAUAGUUUCCAUUACCGCAGCUUAAGUUAAAUAAAUUACCAUUACCGCAGCUUAAGUUAAAUAAAUUACCAUAAACAACUAUUCUAUCUUCCCCUUAACCCGGCACCAUUAUCCCCCUUAACCUGGCACCAUUAUCCCCCUUAACCCGAAACCAUUAUCCCCCUUAACCCGGCACCAUUAUCUGAGGUUCACUUGUGGUCCUCAUUUUACCAGCUGUUGUAGCCGAUGUACAGAGUGUAUCCAUAGUUCUACAGCGUACAGUAGCUAAAACAACUAUCUGUGCAGGUGGGGGUCGAUAUGCUCCCUGAAAUGUUACGUGUGACUAGUGA